AAACACGUCUAGAUAAAUAACAGAAGACACAGUAAUGGCUGAGUGUGAGGAGCAGUUAUUAUGAUAUAAAAAAAAGUUAAACAAAUGUUAAAAAAAUUAAGUUAAAAAAAUUAAAAACAGUGUAGACAGAUGUGUGAACUAAACUUCAGUUCCCGGGUUUCGUUUCUAGUCGGUGCCAAAUGAUGCAACAAGAGGAAACGGUGGAGUACGGAGCCCCGAUAAUAACAAUAACAGACCUAUAAAACACAGAGUACAGGUUUAAAUGUGGGGUUAUGAGUCCGGCAGGUCGGGUUUUGGGUGAGUAUUUCUGUUGGACCUGUGGCGAAGGGUGGCCGUGUUUGUGCCCCGCUGCUGAGCUCCAGCCUGCGUUAGCCGGAUUAGCAGAGGUGCUAACAGCAGCCCUGAACUCCACCAGCCCGAAACUAACGAUAUCAGUGCAGCCAUGGACCCGAAACACAGAGAGAUACUCCGCGCGAACACACUGCCGCUCUGCGAGCAGCUGAUCGUGGACGACACGGUCAUUCAGUUCCUGUACCAGGAGGACAUUUUAACAGAGAGCCAGGUGGAGGAGAUCCAGUCACAGCCCUCCAACAAGCUGAAGACCCUCAGGCUGCUCAGUGUCCUGCCCAGCCGGGGUCCCCGCGCCUUCAGCGGCUUCCUCACAGCCCUGCAGCGCGACUUCCCCUGGAUCAGAGACGAGCUGCUGCUGCAGCAAUCAGGAGGAGGAGAACAGGACAGCGCGACCCUGUCCCCCUCCACAGGUCAGUCAGGGAUUCCUGAGCACCUUCUAAACACUAUUCCGUCUUAUCAGCAGCUGAACAGACUGGCAUCUCGUCUUGGUUCAGAGUGGGAAAUAGUGCUGUUGGAUUUGGGCCUUUCUCCAAGGGAUCUCUACCGCUGCCGAGCUGACCAUCCACUCAGUGUUCAGAGUCAGGUGCUAGCUGGGCUGGUGAUGUGGAAGCAGUCACAGGGUCGCAGCGCCACAGUACAGCGCCUGCUCCAGAGUCUACAGACUGCAGACAUCCAUCCAUCUGAUUUUGAACAAGUGUUUACCUGAUGCUGCGCUACAGGGAGAGGGUAGAGAGUAGUGCGCAAUGCGGUCACCAUACUACCUCAAAACUGUGCUGUGUACUCAAACACUACUAUUCCUGGUUAUGAGAUAUUGGCGCAUUCACAACAGUGUAGGAGAAUGACAGGGUUUUACUGAAUUUUGCGGAGGCUUCUCUUAAAUAUUAGUGGCCAACUUAAAAAUCAUGUUUAUCAGACAUUACCACUACAUAGACUGUAACUUCCACAUGAACUGAAGUAAGAUCAGUUAAGAUCUCUUUUCCAUGCAAGAAAGUGGUGUGUAUAUAUAUAUAUUUUUUUUUAUUUAUUUUUUUUUUUACAGAAUUUUUAAAAAGAUUUAAUUUUGUGAAUGUAAUUGCAUAUAAUAAAAUAUGCUUUAGACUACUGUUUCCCGACAUGAUUAGCCUAAAUUUAGUUUUAAAUCCUUUUUAAUUACCUGAAUUACCUUGUUGAUUAAUGUGAAUAUGAUGCUCACUUUUUAUAUUUAUUAUAACAGUAAUUCUGUUAAAUUGUAUUCUGAUUUAAUAAUUAAAUGCUAAAAAUAAACAUUUUCAAGAUUUAUGUUUAAAAAUUCAUUAAUGUACAUUUGAAAUGGUGACAGGGUGAGGGUGCUGUGGGAACCGAUUGGUUGAGAUUAAAAAAGCAAGCAAACCUGGUUGAACAAGUCUGCAAGAUGUGCCUCAAAACUGUCAAAAACACAGCUUCUAAGUGGACUCUCAUUCAGUAAAGAUUUGGGAUAAUGACA